AUGCAAAAUAUUGAGAUUGAGGCGUACCUGGGUCUGCUUAAACUGAAGCGAGAGACAGUAAUAAUGGCAUAUUCAGAGAACUGUUACAUUAACAAGACUGAACUCCAGCGCCUGUUACUGAAUUCUGUCUUCAGAUUAAUCAAAUACCCUGGUAGAAACACACGCUAUAAUCUGUCAAUUUUGCUAAAUCUGUCACUGAGACGUGUCCAAGUCUACUUCCAAAAUCUCAGAAUGAAUUUGAAGAAGACCACACGUGGUUCACGUAGACUGCUGGAAAACAAAAAGCCAGUUGAAAUGGAAAUUGGGAUACUCUUUUCCAUUUUCCUGGCUACCCUGACAAAUCGGAAGAUUGACUUCGACAGGCUAUCGGAAAAGAUGGAGCAAUCUAAUUUAUAG